AUGGCCCUGCCACUGGAGACCAGCCGCCUGGAAGGCAGAUGGGAGUCUCUUUUUCCUGCAAUACAGUGGAUACAGUUUGCUGUGGCUACUCUGAGUGUUAUAGGUUCCAGCUCACUUAUCACCUACAUCGUGUUCCAGAACCCACAGAAGGCUGCAGAGAUAAAGCCACUCUUGUAUCUGAGCUUCUCUGACUUGCUUCUGGGAAUUUGCUGGCUCAUAAAGGCACUCAUAUAUGGAACUGCAGCAACCCACAAGGACAGCAUCUGCUAUAACCUGCAGACUGCUGGAGAGAUUUUCUACCUUGCGUCACUCCUCUACACCGUCAGUUACAUCUGGUGUCUGUACACAGAGCUGAGGAGGAAGCACGGCCAGUGCGAGCGGAGCUCAGCUGCACAGGUGACAGACUAUGCUUGUCAAGGUGGUCACAUAAUGUUCCUUUUGUCAAGCGUGCUGCUGCUGCUAUUGAUGACACCUGUGUUCGUUUUGGGCAACGUCAAUGAAUGUUUCCACAACUUCAGCCAGAGCCACAGGUGUAUCCUAAUGCACGCACCACCAUCAGCUACAAUUGAGCCUUCCACCAACACGUCUGUGUGCAGCACACUCUAUCUCUAUGGCGUUACUGUUUUCCUGGCCAGCUUUUCCUUCAGCUUCCUCACCAUCACGGUCUUACUCAUCCGUGCCCAGAUGUUAUAUAAGAAGUUUGUGAAGUCGAUGGGCCUUCUGGAGAGUGAGCAGUGGGCAGUGAUUCACACUGUGGGUCAGCGAGUGUGCUUCUUCCCAGUGGCCUUUGUGUGCUGCUGGGGCCCAGCUGUCACAUUGCUGAUCAUGAAGCUGACCGAGCCUCAGGAGACCUCCCUGCACAUGGCCUUCUCUGUGCUCCAGGCUCUCACAGCAGCGUCCCAGGGGCUGCUCAACUGCGGCAUUUAUGGCUGGACACAGUGCAAGUUCCAGCAGAUAAAGUGUGAGCCUCGCCGUGACGCAGACACUCAGACCCCACUGCUGUGCUCACAGAAGAGAGUUUACAGCAGAAGCCCAAACCCACCGGAGUCUCCUCUUGCCUUUGCUUCCAGCUCUUCCACCAUUCUUUGA